UUCUUACUUCCUCCUUUAUUUAGAGGAAGUGGCUACUUGUGAAACCCACUUAGAUUUGUCUGCCCAAGGGACCUGCACAAGAGCUGUUUUCUCACUGAAGCAAGAUGAAACUCUUUAUCAUAGCUCUCUCGUGCAUUUUUGGAGAUGUCAUGAAGAUCGACACGACUGGAGCAUCUGAGAAAACAGCUCGCCAAGACAAACUCUCUGUAAAGGGGGUGGAAGCUUCAUAUAAACUGGCUGAGCAUGAUCUGAAGAGGAUGGAGCAGUACAAGAACAUCAUCAUGAAAGUUGGCAGAGCUAAGGAGAUGGACCCAGCUGUGAUCGCAGCUAUCAUAUCCAGAGAGUCAAGGGCUGGAGCAGCGCUUGUUGAUGGCUGGGGAGAUCACGGCAAUGGCUUUGGACUUAUGCAGAUUGACAAACGUUAUCACAAACUGAGGGGAGCCUGGAACAGUGAGGAGCAUAUCACACAAGGCACUGAGAUUCUGAUUGAUGCUAUAAGAGCGAUUCAGAGAAAAUUCCCUAAAUGGCCCAAGGAGCACCAGUUUAAAGGUGGAAUCUCAGCCUACAACGCUGGAGUAGGAAACGUCCGCACGUAUGAGCGAAUGGACAUUGGGACCACAGGAAAUGAUUAUGCCAAUGAUGUGGUGGCCAGAGCCCAGUGGUUCAAACGCAACGGCUACUGAGCAAAACUCAUAUUUCCCAUGUAAAACCGCUUCAAUAAAUCCUUAUUUCUCAUA